AUGGUAAAAUAAAACGUUCAAUAAAAAUUAAUCCAGAAAGAAAAAAAUGCAUAUAUUAUAAUUUGUUUAUUAGUUAUUAAUCAAUUUUAUAUUUGUAUUUAGUUGGCGAUAUUCAAUUUACAAAGUCUUUUGACUAUUUUAUUGUUAUCUAUUUGUACAUGUACUUAUCUGCGACAGUUGUUGCCAAGUAUUAUCGAUAGAAAUAAAACCGGGUAAGCAUAAUGCAAAUUUGAUACUUAUACCAAUUAGAAUAUUGGGUACAUAAGUUCAGUUAUAUCAACUUAUAUACUUUGCAUUAAUCUAAUAUAAUUGUAGGUACAUGUACCAUGUGUCUACACUAACCUAACCUACCUACUAUAAUAUCUAAGGUUUUUACUAACUUCAAAUCUAGUGUUAAUAUGAAUAAAAAAAGGUAUAUAGCUCUAAUUAGAGCUACUUGCUACUUUCUACUUAUCCAAUCUUAAUUUAAAAUUACUAUAGUUAUUAAAUCAAUAUAAGAUUUUGGGGAUAAUUAUCUACAAAACUUAUUUUACUAGUUAUUAAAAGUUAUUAAUAAUAAAGUAUUACAAACAAAUAUUGACUGAUAAAUAAUAAUAAUAAUAAUAAUAAUCAUUAUAUGUUAAUACAUCUCAAAUAUAUAUAUAUUACUAAUAUAAUUUAAUUUGGAGGAGUAUAUUAUAUUUUUCUUUUUUUUUUUAGGCCUUUAGGAACGUUUUGGAAAUUAGCGAGAAUUGGUGAACGUAAAAGUCCAUAUGUGUCAUUAUUUUGUAUUGCAAUGGCCUUCAGUAUUUUAUUUUGGACAUAA